AUGGCGGCCGGAGCGGCCGCGGCGGCGGAGGAAGGGAUGGAGCCGCGGGCGCUGCAGUACGAGCAGACCCUGAUGUAUGGCCGGUACACUCAGGACCUCGGGGCUUUUGCCAAAGAGGAGGCUGCUCGGAUCCGCCUGGCAGGGCCCAAGCCCUGGAGGAGCCCGCUGUCCCCUCCGGCUCCCCUAGAGCUCCUCGAAUACGGACAGAGCCGUUGCGCCCGGUGCCGCAUCUGUUCCGUACGCUGUCAUAAGUUCCUAGUAUCCAGGGUCGGUGAAGACUGGAUCUUCCUGGUCCUGCUGGGUCUCGUCAUGGCGCUGGUCAGCUGGGCCAUGGACUAUGCCAUUGCCGCCUGCCUGCAGGCUCAGCAGUGGAUGUCUCGAGGCUUGAACACCAGCCUCUUGCUCCAGUACCUGGCCUGGGUCACCUAUCCUGUCGUCCUCAUCACUUUCUCAGCUGGAUUCACACAGAUCCUGGCUCCCCAGGCUGUCGGGUCCGGCAUCCCCGAGAUGAAGACCAUCUUGCGGGGCGUGGUGCUAAAGGAAUACCUCACCCUCAAGACCUUUGUCGCGAAGGUCAUCGGGCUGACCUGUGCUCUGGGCAGUGGGAUGCCCCUGGGCAAAGAGGGCCCCUUUGUACAUAUCGCAAGCAUGUGUGCUGCGCUGCUCAGCAAGUUCCUCUCCCUCUUCGGGGGCAUCUAUGAGAAUGAAUCACGGAACACGGAGAUGCUGGCCGCUGCCUGCGCCGUGGGAGUGGGCUGCUGCUUUGCAGCUCCUAUCGGAGGUGUCUUGUUCAGCAUUGAGGUCACCUCCACCUUCUUCGCGGUGCGCAACUAUUGGCGGGGCUUCUUUGCUGCCACCUUCAGUGCCUUCAUCUUCCGGGUCUUGGCCGUCUGGAACCGCGAUGAAGAGACUAUCACUGCCCUCUUCAAAACCCGGUUCCGGCUCGACUUCCCCUUUGACCUCCAGGAGCUGCCAGCCUUUGCUGUCAUCGGUAUUGCCAGUGGCUUUGGGGGGGCGCUCUUUGUCUACCUGAACCGGAAGAUUGUCCAGGUGAUGCGGAAGCAGAAAACCAUCAACCGCUUCCUCAUGAAAAAACGCCUGCUCUUCCCGGCUCUCGUGACCCUGCUCAUCUCCACGCUGACCUUCCCCCCUGGCUUGGGACAGUUCAUGGCUGGACAGCUGUCCCAGAAAGAGACGCUGGUCACCCUGUUUGACAACCGGACAUGGGUCCGCCAGGGCCUGGUGGAGGAGUUAGAGCCUCCCGGGACUGCACAGGCCUGGAGCCCGCCACGUGCCAAUGUCUUCCUCACCCUGGUCAUCUUCAUUCUCAUGAAGUUCUGGAUGUCUGCACUGGCCACCACUAUCCCAGUACCCUGUGGGGCCUUCAUGCCUGUCUUCGUCAUUGGAGCAGCAUUUGGGCGUCUGGUGGGCGAAAGCAUGGCCGCCUGGUUCCCAGAUGGGAUUCACACGGACAGCAGCACCUAUCGGAUUGUGCCUGGGGGCUAUGCAGUGGUGGGAGCGGCUGCACUGGCAGGAGCAGUGACACACACGGUGUCCACGGCUGUGAUCGUGUUUGAGCUCACAGGCCAGAUCGCCCACAUCCUGCCCGUCAUGAUCGCCGUCAUCCUGGCCAAUGCUGUUGCCCAGAGCCUACAGCCCUCACUCUACGACAGCAUCAUCCGAAUCAAGAAACUGCCUUAUCUGCCUGAGCUGGGCUGGGGCCGCCACCAGCAGUACCGGGUGCGAGUGGAGGACAUCAUGGUGCGAGAUGUUCCCCAUGUGGCCCUCAGCUGCACCUUCCGGGACCUGCGGUUGGCACUGCACAGGACCAAGGGCCGCAUGUUGGCCCUAGUUGAGUCCUCGGAGUCGAUGAUCCUCCUGGGCUCCAUUGAGCGCUCACAGGUGGUGGCACUGCUGGGGGCCCAGCUAAGCCCAGCCCGCCGGCGGCAGCACAUGCAGGAGCGGAGAGCUGCCCAGACUCCUCCGCCCCCCGAUCAGGAGAGUCCCCCCAGCCCUGAGACCUCAGUCCGCUUCCAGGUGAGCACAGAGGACCCGGGCUUCCCUGCAGCCCGGGGGGAGACUCACAAGCCCCUGAAGCCCGCUCUCAAGAGGGCGUCCAGCAACUCCAUGAGCCUCAGGGAGAGUCCCCCAGGGAACGUGGAGCAGGCUGGCAUCGCCCUCAGGAGCCUCUUCUGUGGCAGUCCACCCGCCGAGGCUGCUUCAGAGGUGGAGAAGUCGGAAUCCUGUGACAAGCGCAAGCUGAAGCGGGUCCGAAUUUCCCUGGCAAGCGACUCAGACCUGGAAAGUGAAAUGACCCCUGAGGAGAUUCUGGAGUGGGAGGAGCAGCAACUAGAUGAACCUGUCAACUUCAGCGACUGCAAAAUUGACCCUGCCCCCUUCCAGCUGGUGGAGCGGACCUCAUUGCACAAGACUCACACCAUCUUCUCGCUCCUGGGAGUGGACCAUGCUUAUGUCACCAGUAUUGGCAGACUCAUUGGGAUCGUUACCCUGAAGGAGCUCCGGAAAGCUAUUGAGGGCUCCGUCACAGCACAGGGCGUGAAAGUCCGGCCACCCCUCGCCAGCUUCCGUGACAGUGCCACCAGCAGCAGUGACACAGAGACGACCGAGGUGCAUGCACUCUGGGGGCCCCGCUCCCGCCACAGCCUCCCUGGGGAGGGCAGCCCUUCUGACAGCGAUGACAAGUGCCAGUGAAUUCCUCUGCAGGCAGCCUGGGGUGGCAGUGGCCUUGCUGUCCGCCCGGAUCCUACAGCUCUCCUGUCCCUUCUGCCGUGGGAAAGCAGGAGGCAGCUACAGCCAAAGGUUGGGGCCCCAGCCCCCACUUCCAGACCAGGGGCACCAGCUUCUUCCAGUUCCUCCUACUUGGAAUCUGACACAGCACCCACCUGCAAGUGUUCCAAGGGCAGGAAGAUCAGCACUGCCCUGGCGGGGUGGGGAUGGGGCGGGGUACGUGACCCCUGCUGCCCCUUUGAGGGGGAAAGGGGUAGAACUAAGAUGGGUUUA